AAUUUCCGUCACUCUUUCUAUUUCUGAAAAAUAAUACUACUAUUAUAAAAUGGGGCUUUCCCGGGAACAUGUUGUUUGUAUAAUGUUAAUAAUAAUGGCAAUGAGAAUGUUUGGAGAAUCUUUAGCCUCGUCGCUCCAUAAGGUUGGUGACUCCGCCGGAUGGACAACUCUCGGCAAAGUCGACUAUCAAAAAUGGACUUCUUCCGACAUUUUCACCCCCGGAGAUUCUCUAUUAUUCGUUUACAACACCCAGUUUCACAACGUCAAGCAAGUGAGCCGCCGUGACUUCCUCUCCUGCAAUGCCACUUCAGCCUUAGCCACCUACAGUUCCGGUUCCGAUAAGGUGGCUCUUAAGACACCCGGCCACUACUACUUCCUCUGCGGCUUUCCUGGCCACUGUCAAGCUGGUCAGAAGCUCCAUGUCCUCGUCGUCGCCACCACCGCGGCCAGUCCCACUCUCAGUCCGGAUCCAUCCCCUAUUCCCUCACCUUCCACCGGGUUGUCUCCAUCUCCCUCUCCGGCAACUGCUUCCGAAGACUCCGCUCAAGACGGUGCCAUUUCAUUUUCAGUGUCACUGUCCACCGCUAUGAGUGGUGUUGUCGUGUUUUUGGUGGCAUUGAUGCUAUAUUAAUCAAGAGAGUUUUCAUGCCAUGUUUUUUUUGUCACCUAUUCAUGUAAUAUUUUUGUGUUUGUGUUUUUACUUUUUACUUUUUCAACAUCACUUUCUUUUUAAAAAAUAUAUAAUGAUUAAAGUAUUUGGUAUGAUUA